AUGUCAUCAGAAAUACCUACUAAAACCAGCUGCUGGGGUAGCUGGGAUGAAUAUAAUAGUAAUAGCUGGAAUGUACAACAAACUGAUAACAUUAAUAGCUGGAAUGUACAACGAACUGAUACCAUUAAUAGAUGGAAUAAAGAUGUACGACAAACUAAAACCAGCUUGAUCGAAAAAGUCCCACAACAAUUGAAUGAACACAUAACUGGUGGGGAAAUGGAAGAAGUGGGUAAAGUCGGUGCAUACGGAAGGGUGUUGAUUAGAGAGGGUGAGAAUUCUUCAAAGACAGAGAUUUGUUAUUCUAAAUUUAGAAGAAUUUCUCCGGAUUUCCAAAAAGUUACACUUUCGGGCUGGAUAUAUAUGGUUAGCAACGCAAUGAACAACUUUUCCGACGCUUUUGCCGAAGCAGGAAACAUGGAACAAACAACUAACGUCUUCAUUGAGAGUUACAACAAUAUCCCUGAUUUGUUAUAA